GCGCGCGCACACACGCGCACACACAGCCCCGCUCGCUCCGAGAUCCCCGGCCACGUAAGUAACUAUUAAUACCGCCUCGCCGAGAGAUGCGGGCGUGCUGAGCUCGGGGAUUGGCCUCGGGCACCGUCGGCCGUCCCCUUCAAUUUUAAGUACACAUUCCUCUUACCUCCGGUUGGGGGAAGAACAAAAUAAAAGAAGAAGAAAAGCCGUCAAUUUUCUCCAAAACAAACCCCGCCAGGCAAUUUGGGUUGAGGGUAGGGGGAGACGGAGUGGUUGCAAAUUAUUCCAAGGAGAGAUCCAGUUACCGAACGAGAAAGGAACAGCGCGGGUUGACUUGGCUGGGGGUGCAUCCCCUUCCAGGGCCAGGAGGACCCCCGGAAGCUCGUGCUCGGAGACCACUGAUCUACCCUUGUCCCUGCCCGCACUUCUCGCUUUAUUCGGAGGACGAUCUGGAGCGCGAGGGAGCGGCGACAGCAUGAGCCGGUGCUGACCUCCGCCCGGCGGGCCAAGCCCUGGGCUUUGCCGCGGUACCUGUGCCCGGACCACAACUCUGUGCCCAGCUUUUGCAAUCUUUUGUUGGCAGCGCUGACCGCUCUAAGUUAAAUGCUCCCUUGCUAUUUUUUUUGUCUGUUUGUUUAAAUUUUGGAGAGCUCUUGCGGUCUUGGAAAAGCCUCAGACGCCAUCUACAGUUAAAACGUAGGUAACUACCCUCUCCGGCACCCCCCCUUCCACGCCCCCCACCCUUUCCACCAAAAAAGGGGGUGCAGCGCGGAUUCUGUCUGCGGUGCGGCGCGAGCCGGUACCCGUGCUUAUUUCCUUUUUCUUUUUGUUUGGUUUCUAACGCGCUGAGACCAAGCAGCGGCCGUGCGCUCCCCGAAGAUUGCACAAACUACAGCCGGGCUCCUCCGCCCCGUCUGCGGUUCGGAAGCCUGCGUGGGGAUCGCUUCGGGAGACCCGGCGCUGCAGCUCCCCACCUUAGCAAUCUGGUUACUGGUCUAGAUCCACGCUGGAAGAAGAGAAAGAGAGAGAGAAACUAAAAGUGCGAAGAUUCUGCAAAUCGCUGGCGGCUUUGGGGUAACAAAAGGACCCGAGUUGCUGCCGACCGAGGACCCCCGGGAGCCGGGCUCGGAGCAGACAAGGUGCCCGGCGGCGCCCAUUUGGGGGCUUCUAACUCUUUCUCCACGUAGCCCCCUUCCCGUCCCCUCCCCUCUCGUUCCCUUUUAAAAUCCGUGGCACCGAGGCGCCUGCAGACGCACUCGCCAGCGACUCGUCUCUCCAGCGGGUUUUUUUGUUUGUCGAGUGCGAUCCCCACACUCAUGAACAUACACAGGUCUACCCCCAUCACAAUAGCAAGAUAUGGGAGAUCGCGGAACAAAACCCAGGAUUUCGAAGAGUUGUCGUCCAUAAGGUCCGCCGAACCCAGCCAGAGUUUCAGCCCGAACCUCGGCUCCCCGAGCCCGCCUGAGACUCCGAACUUGUCGCAUUGCGUUUCUUGCAUCGGGAAAUACUUAUUGUUGGAACCUCUGGAGGGAGACCACGUUUUUCGUGCCGUGCAUCUGCACAGUGGAGAGGAGCUGGUGUGCAAGGUGUUUGAUAUCAGCUGCUACCAGGAGUCCCUGGCCCCCUGCUUUUGCCUGUCUGCCCACAGCAACAUCAACCAAAUCACCGAAAUUAUCCUGGGGGAGACGAAAGCUUAUGUGUUCUUUGAGCGCAGCUAUGGGGACAUGCAUUCCUUCGUUCGCACCUGCAAGAAGCUGAAGGAGGAGGAGGCGGCCAGGCUUUUCUACCAGAUCGCCUCAGCGGUGGCCCACUGCCACGACGGGGGGCUGGUGCUGCGGGACCUCAAGCUGCGGAAGUUUAUCUUUAAGGACGAAGAAAGGACUCGGGUCAAGCUGGAAAGCCUGGAAGAUGCCUACGUUCUGCGGGGAGAUGACGACUCCCUCUCGGACAAGCACGGCUGCCCGGCGUACGUCAGCCCAGAGAUCUUGAACACCAGUGGCAGCUACUCGGGCAAAGCAGCUGAUGUGUGGAGCCUGGGAGUGAUGCUGUACACCAUGUUGGUCGGGCGGUACCCUUUCCAUGACAUUGAGCCCAGUUCCCUCUUCAGCAAGAUCCGGCGUGGCCAGUUCAACAUUCCAGAGACUCUGUCGCCCAAGGCCAAGUGCCUCAUCCGAAGCAUCCUGCGGCGGGAGCCCUCAGAGCGGCUGACCUCGCAGGAAAUUCUGGACCAUCCUUGGUUUUCUACAGAUUUUAGCGUCUCGAAUUCAGGAUAUGGUGCUAAGGAAGUGUCUGAUCAGCUGGUGCCGGAUGUCAACAUGGAAGAGAACUUGGACCCUUUCUUUAACUGAGCUCACGCCCCACAGUGACUUAGCAGGUACCAGGAGCAAGAGAGGGCAGUGGAGAGGACUUCUUCCAGGGAACACGUAUCGCCUGGUUUGGUAGCAAGAAAGACACUGACACUCACAGGCUUCUUGGUUCAAAGAAGGAAAACCGUCAAGGAGCUGACUGAACAUGUAGCAUGGGGACCAGAGAUGCGGGAUGGGGGCGGGCUCCGGGGUCCUGUCGGAUGGGCGGGAGCCCCCUGGAGCUUCUCUUGCCUAACGGAGACCCCCGGAGACUACCCCUGUCAGUUAGGCUGCUUCCGCCUACCCCACUUUCCAUUUUGUUCCAAAAUAGUUGCAGAUCCUGAUAGAAUCAAAACUCUCUGCCUCAAACAUACAUCUUGGCAUCGCACUGUUAGCAUUUAACUUCUUGUCAUGAUUCAGGGAAGGUACCAUUGGCCAAGGGUUGUUUUUUGUUUUUUUGUUUUUCCUUUUUAAACAAGCCAGCCACCUAUCUGAUAAUUCACGGGGUUCAUUUAAAAAAAAUUCGGUGCACACAGACUGACAUGAAACCUGGGUGCUAAAACUAAAAGAAAAUAAAAAUCCAUUUUGUGUCUC